AUGAUAUACUCAACAUGUCAAAUAAAUAUAAUAAAUCAGCAAAUCCUAAGGAUAUUAAAAUUCUCUAUUGUAUUAUUUUUAUUCUAUUUAUUACCAAAAAUCUAUUGUUCAACUAUAGAAAAGAAUGAAAAUAGACAGAAACAAUUAAUUAGGAGAUCAAUUACCAAUACUUCAGGCACUUUUCUCCGAGCUGAUAAUAUGGCAUCAUUAUCCUCAUCUCCUCAAUCAUCUCUAAUCUCUUCAACUAAAACAUACAAAUCAUCAACUCAAGAAAAUAUUAGAAAAAUGACCAAUAUUACUGUGGUAAAAUCAUUAAGUAUAUCUAGAAUUGUAGAAGCUUGCAAUUAUCAGAAAAAUUUAAAAGGGGAAGCUAGAAAUAGAUUUUUCUUUUUAAAAUGUGAAUAUGCAGAUGAGAAGAAAUACAUUCUAGUUCCAGAAGUUAACCCCAAAACUUUAUUACCAAUUCUAGAAAGUACAGAAAGAAAAGUUAUUGUUCCAUGGAAAUUAAAUUUAGAAGGUGCAAGGUCUGCCCUAGCAUAUAGCUAUUUAUUAAUAAAACCAUCACUACAAUACUCUGUAGUUUCAGAAUGUAUUGUAUUGCCAAUAGAAAAGGUAUUGUUAGGGAAUCCUAAAAUGCCGAAAUUGGCUCCAAAAUUAUAUGAUUGUUCUAAUGGUAAAAAAGUAUUUCCUAAAAAAUUUAUUUCUAUACUUGCUAAGGUAGAUGCUUACUUUCAAACUCGUCCAGAAAGAUGGUAUUAUGAAUUGGAAAGAGCUUAUAGAGUAUCGAAAUACAAAUACUAUUAUAGACCAAAUAGUAAAUCUAAAGAAAUUGAAUUAUAUUUGCAUCCUAGAUACUUUGUUAUUUUAAAUAGAUCAAAUGAAGAAAUUAUGAAUGAUAUUUUAUUUGUGGAGAGACUUAGUGCUAUACCUUAUUUAAAUAUUAUAAUGGAGUUAAAGAAUAGUAGUUUUCUACAUAAAUUAUUACUUGGUAAAUCCUUUGCAGAUCAAAAAGUACUAGUUGGAAGAUGGUAUCGUAGAAUACUACGUGUUAUUUGGUUACCAUUUUUCACACUCGCUUUAUUUAUGUUUCAGAAUGGAUAUAAAUUACAUUGUGAUAUACAUACGAGAAAUAUGAUGAUAGAAAUCGAUUCAAAUUUUGGGCAAAAGAAUUGGACUGUAACUCAGACAAUGAAUGUAUUAGGAACAAUAACUCCUUUAUCAAUGAAAAUAAUAGAUAUUGGAAAUACUAUUACAAUGAACACAGUUGAAAGGCAAAAUAUUAAUGAUCCUUGUAAGAGAUAUGAAAGAAGACCAUAUGAAGAUAUUGGUGUAAUAGAUUUACGUGUUCUAGAAAGACUUACAGAACCAGCAAAGGCUCCAAAUUAUCUCCCUGCUGAGAAUAAGAUAUAUUCAGAUGAUACUCCUAUUGAAGAACUUGAAUCAAUUAGAUCUAUAAUACAUAGAUACAACAAAAAGUUAGUAACACUUAGAAAUGAAAUAAGAUCAAUAUCAAAGUGGGAAGCCUGCAGAAUUGAGAAAGUUGAUAAGAAGAUUAGGAGAUUACAUAAAGAUAAAAAUACAUAUCCUUGUAGAUUUGUAGAUCAAAGAGAGGCUCUUAUACGUGCAUGUAUAAUUCUAAAAAAGUACACUUCAGAGCAGUUUUUGGGCGUACCUUCUUGUGCAUUAGAGCCUGUUAUUCCUAAUUCAAAUAAGAUUACAAUCAAUAUUUCAAGAAAUAAAAAUAUAUAA